GAAACUUUCUUUCAACUUUCAGAAACAGUUGUCAGAUUCGGGAAAAUAACUUUAUCAUUCGAGUAGAGCAGUUGGGUUUGUAAACGCUGUGUUCAAAUUAGAUUUUAUUGUUUCAUUUGUAUACAUUCCGAUUUAAUUACUGUGAUUCAUCUAUUGUGAGAUACAGUAACUAAAAGCAGCCAUGGCCACAUUAGAUGAUAAACUUCUGGGUGAAAAACUGCACAAUUAUUGUAGUAGCAGUGAAGAUGAAGGAGAAUCUGACGACGAUAAAAGUGGAGACGAGGAGGGUGACGCUCCUAAAGCUCAGGCGUCGACUAAUGCCGAGCCACCGCCCAUAAACAGUUGGUCGGGGCAGGCGAGCAACACGGGCCCAAAAGGAGUACUUGAAGAUUGGCGAAGGUUCAAACAACUGGAAGCUGAGAAUCGUGCUGAAUUGGCUAAAGAACGUAUCGCACUAGCGAAGAAACUGACUCUGACCGUCCAACCCGAGCGUGAAGCUACUCAAGCCAAGCAGAUCGAGGAGCUGGAAGAUGAGCUGUCUGAACUGAUGGACGAGGAGUUCCUGCUGCAGUACCAGAAGCAGCGGAUGGAGGAGCUCAUGAACCAGCUACAGAAGGUACCCAAGUUUGGUGUAUUAACAACACUUAACAGCCAAGAUGAGUUUCUGAAUGCUAUUGAUAAAGAGGAUACUAAAGUGACAGUAAUUAUACACAUUUACAAUAAUAGUACUAGAGCUUGUGAGACUAUGGAUGGCUGUCUGAAUGUGCUAGCUACUGAGUACCCAACCAUCAAGUUUUGUAGAAUUGCUGCAGACAUUACAGGACUGAGCCGUCACUUCCGUGUUGAUGGAGUGCCAGCUUUAUUAGUGUACAAAGCUGGCCAGAUUAUUGGUAACUUUGUGCAACUGGUCACUGAACUUGGUACUGACUUCUUUGCUACAGAUGUGGAACGUUUCCUCAUUGAGUAUGGAAUGCUACCUGAGAAAUAGAGUUCAUUUAUAUUCUGCUUGUUUACAAUAUCACAGGUCUAACUCAUACAUUACGUAACAGUAUUACAACCUUGCUUUGAUAUUACCUGGAUACUGUUAUCAAUUGUUAUAGUUCAAGACUAUGAGAGUUAGCAUAUAAUUUAUUUAUUUUUAAGCUCACUUCUUUAUCUAUAAGGUUAAAAAAAGUAAUGCAUAAAGCAUGUCCUUACCAGUGUUUACAGUUACAUUUAAUUUAAUCAUGGUCUACUAACCUAUUUUUAGAAUUCAUUGUAUUAUUUAUCAAUAAGUAUGUGUAAUAAUUUUUCCUUUAAUAUUUUAUGUCCCACCAAUUAAUACAUAAACAUGGUAAUAUGAGUCUCGAUUCAUAUUUCAUAAAUAAUAUGUUUGUUAUGAAGAUAAAUAACUUCAAAACAAACAUCUUCACAUCAUGCCUUAUAUUUUUGAAGUGAUUAGCUAUCAACACCUCACAUAUCCUCAUUCAGACACCAACAUACUUAUUUGUCGACCAUAACUGCAUUUAAUAUGUGGCCAGUCUGCUGCCAAAUAACAAAAUCUAAUACAAUUUUGUUGGCUCUCAUUCCACCAUUCACUGUUCCAUCUUCUAUUGUCAUCAGUUAUAU